AUGCUGAAGAAUACCAGCCUCCAAUAUGGAAAUCAUACUUGUAUCAAUUGCAACAAGAGGCACCACGUCCCAAGAGAAUCAUCUGUCCUCGGGAGGUGGAGAACAGACCAAAGUAUUAUGGGAGAGAGUUUCACGGGAUCAUUUCUCGGGAGCAAGCAGAUGAAAUACUUGCUGGCGUAGAAGGAGCAUAUAUUCUUAGAGAAAGCCAACGGCAACCUGGCUGCUACACUCUUGCUCUCAGAUUUGGUAAUCAGACCUUAAACUACAGGUUGUUCUAUGAUGGGAAGCACUUUGUUGGGGAGAAAAGAUUCGAAUCCAUCCACGAUCUAGUUACAGAUGGCUUGAUAACAUUGUAUAUAGAAACAAAGGCUUCUGAGUAUAUUUCCAAAAUGACAACAAACCCCAUCUAUGAACACAUUGGAUAUGCCACUUUGCUUAGAGAAAAAGUGUCCCGAAGGCUGAGCAGAACAAAAAAUGAAUCAAGAAAAGCAAGUGUAACGAGUGAGGAAAAUACCCCGGUUGAAAAG